AUGGCCGGCCCCAGCAAGUCCCUGGUCCUUGACCCGGCCCUCCAGAGAUACUACGAACUCAAUACCAACCGCUACAAGUACUGGCGCUGGAAUUCCCGCCAUGCCUGGAUCUCUUUCAUUUACAUGGCUGUGAUCCCCGGUGCUCUUACCUGGGCUGCCUACAAGACCGAGGGUAAGUACGAGCUCCGCGGCAAGCGCAAGGAAGAUACCAUCUCGGAGUGGUAA